AUGUCGACAUUUGUGGAGAAUGCGACGUACGACAGGAGUGGACGUUGUGCUCAAGCAACAGCUACUGCAGCAGCACUGGAACAGAAUGCUUCAGGGGUAGACCCGGAUGAUCCAGAUUUGGGAGACGAUAGGUAUGCCUUGAGGUUGCUUGAAGAUUUGUCCAGCAUGAUCCCGUGCCGUGCGACCCCGAGUCUUGAAGAUGCUUGCUUUGGAGCUGUGGGCUCGAAGCUGAGGAGGCUAGACCUCCCACUGGGCCUCUUGGGCCUUGGACCCUUUUUCCAGGACUACCUGGAGGAGCUCUUCACCCGUGGCUUCCUGGACCACGACCUCGAGCUCUUCCGCACGAGCCCGCUACUGCGCAGCUUCGCUGAUCGCUUGCGCUUCAUCAUCGAGAUCUCCGACCUUGGCGACUAUUUGAUCACCAAGAUCGCGAGCUACCUCAUCACGAUGAUGAAUCCUCCAUCGACUACCGGCGGAUCCAUUCCUCUUCAGGAAUAUCGACGAGAUGUUCCACCAGGCUGGCAACCAGGAGACCCCUCCUAUCCACUGAGGAGCUACUUCGAGAAGAUGCGGCUUUGGUACCGCGUGAGCAACGUGGAAGAUGAGAGCGUGGGGCCACUCCUGGCCGGUCGGCUCUAUGGCCGAGCUGCAAAGGUCGCCAUGACCUUGAAGAUCCCACGGCCGGACGGCCGAUUUGACACUGGGGAUGCGGCCUUGGCACGACUCUCGGUCGACGAGGUGCUGGAUCCUACAACUGGAGCGGUGAUUCAGCAAGCGAUUCCAUCGGGGGUACAGUUUUUGGUGGAUGCUCUGCGACGAGCUUUUGGACAACAAGAUCAAGAUCUUGCAACAGAAGCGCUGGAGAAGUUUUUCAGUUUACAGCGCGGCAAGUUGUCCCUGGCUGAGUAUGCCGUGGAGUUUGACACCAGACUGGAUGAAGCCUCCGAUCGAGCAGGACUGCAGUUGAACGAUGUCGGAAAGUUCUUCUUGUGGUUCAAGCAUAGCGGCAUGUCCACCAAGGUGAUCGACGACAUCAAGCUACAAGUUGGUGGAGACUAUAACAGGUUCCAGGAUGCAAGAACAUUGGCUCUCCGGAUGAGUCCAAACAGAUCCGACAGAGAUGAUACAACCAUCUUCUACGAGGACAACCUUGAAGAGAGCUACAAUGACAACUACGGCUAUGAUGACUCCUGGAAUCAAGAUCAGUGGCAUGGCUAUGAAGCAACAGAAGAAGGUGAAUGGGUCUAUGAGACUGACGACACCUACUAUCAAGACUGGUCAGAAGAGGCAGAUGAGUGGCAGAAUUUCUAUGAGGAUGAGACACCAUGGAACUAUGAGGAGCCAUGGACAUCUUCCUAUGAGGCAGAGACACAACCGACCACUUCAGGAGCAGCAAAGACAGAAGAGACCUUCGCCGAUCAGGAGACCUACUACAAGGGCAAAGGAAAGAGCAAGGACGGUUGCUUCAACUGCGGAAGCAAAUGGCAUCAAGUUCGCGAUUGCCCCAUGAAGUCAGAGAAAGGCAAAGGUCAUGCCUAUCAGAGCAAGGGCAAGUUCGGCGGCAAAGGCAAGGGCUUCCGUGGACGCUGGACGUGGCGACCAUCUUCAUGGAAAGGAAAAGGCAAAGGCAAGUUCGGCUAUCGCGGUGGCUUCAAAGGUGGUUUCAAAGGCAAGAGCAAGAAAGGACACUGGUUCAUGACUGAGACAUCUGGUCCGACAAGUGAGCGCACUCUCAAUGUCCAGGACGGCAACAUCCAAGUUCUGGGCACCACAGAUCGGAUCGAUCGGAGCCACACGCCAGAAGCCUUCAUCAUCCACUCCUCCUCAGAAGAUGACAUCAUGAAGGUUCGACGAGCCUAUGCUGCCACAUCAGCGAAUGAGGCGACCUCCAGUGAAGAGCCUGCAACAGCACAGAAACAGACCAAGAACUUCGACACGGCAACAUGGAACUUCAUGUUUCUGGCUGGUGAAGCAUGCUCGUACUUCCAGGUUCGCGGACAAGAACGAAAAGGUCUUCUGAUUGAUCCUGGUGCCGCAAGCGGCCUUAUUGGCAGUGAGACAUUGCGCAUGUUGCUGAAGGAGUGUGCAGUGGACACCCCACAAUUUGAGUUCGACAAGACGACACCUGUUUCUGGCAUCAGCGGAACUUCAUCAUCAACGCUUGGACAGGUGACUGUACCUCUUCGAGUUGGCAGCGUGCCUAUCACAUACACUGCUGAGGUUCUUGGCGGCGAUGGAUCUUUGUGUCCCGCACUGGUCGGAAAUCCCACACUUCGGAAGCUCAAUGCCACCAUCUUUGCCAAUUGGUUUGACAAUGGUGAUGGCUUGAUGACCAUGGAUGGGCGACAAGAUGAAGGUACCGUGGCCAUCAAAUUCUUCCGACUUCUGCUCACCGAAAGUGGACACUACAUCCUGCCGACAGACAACAAGGAAAGCCAGAAGGUUCACUACAUGGACAAGAACAAGGCCAUCCUCUUCAGUCAGAAGGUUGCACUGGCGUCGGAGGAACAAUGGAAUGACCUCCAUCCUCGAGUUCGCCAUUGUUUCCUUGGCAGGACACUUCCACAGGCACGGGCAGAAGGUGACCGGUGUGAAAACAUGGCAUUGCAUUCCAAUGUCAUUCCCGAUGACAAGAUGAUGAUCGCACAUCAUGCAGCACAAGAAUUACCAGGUCAACGACCAUCGAAUGACAAUGAGCAGAAGCAGACAAACCUUCCUGAUGCAGUACAACAUCCACAUGAUGCAGUACAACAUACGGCGCAAGCCUUGCGAGAAGAGAGCGACCAGAUCAACGAGAGCCAUGACCACACUGCUGAUGGGCACCCCAUUUUGGAUAGUCAGACCCAGACAGCAGAGAAGAAGCAGUUUCACAGUUGCACGACAAUUCAUGAAGAAGCAGAAGAUGAUGAUGGAAAUCCCAAGCCUGCGAAUUUCACUCCAUCGGCCAUUUUGGCCAGUGAACAAGAAUCAAGUGAUCGCUAUGACCAUGAUGUUCUUCCAGCAGAACACGAUCAUCUUGAUGUCUCCAAGUUGAACAAAAGAUACAAGGCCAUUCCUGAGGAGUACUACACCAGAUCCGGACUCACACCUGUGACUCCAGGAAACUUCAAGAGCUGGUUCUCCAAGACACGUGGACGUGGUCUUCGGAUCCACGACUCCGGCAUCAAGACCGACUUCGUGAUCGUCCAGGACUUCAAUGGCUGCAAGAAAUCUUUGAGAAGCAAGAUCGACAAGCCAGAGGCUACAAUCUCGAACAACCUCACAACAGCGCCAUGUGGCAAGAACAUCUACCAGAGAAUCCGGUGCACUGGACCUAAUGGACUCUCACGGACAUCAAUGGCAGCAGUCUACCCACAGACACUAUGCCAACGCAUGAAGAACGACAUCAUUGGCUACCUCAACAACAAGGAUCUGAUUGACAUUGGCAAGUGGCCAGAUGACUGCUACCACUCUGUCAUCACCCACAUGUAUGAGUGUGUCAGAUGUCAACUUGGCAGAGCAUGUCCAAAGUCCAUUGAGCGCUCGCUGAUUCCUGGGCAAUGCAGACAUGGCAAAUGGCCUCCAGGAGAAAGUCCAAAAGAAAAGGCGAAAGCCGAUGCAGAUCCUCUGACACGAUGGAAGAAUGAAACACGCAAAGAAGUGCUUGAUACAGUGGAUAUCAAGAACAUGUCCUCCUACGGUGGCUUCCACAUUGAAGACAUGCAUUUCCUCAAGAAGCUUCUCAUGGAGACAGUGCACGCAGCGCUGGGCCUCUUCGAUGAAGCUCUUCAACAGAAGAAAGAAUACAUGCACUGGAUCGACGACCCGGUGCACAUGAGCCUCUACAAGGAGAUCUUUGGUGGCGUGCUGGUGGUGAAAGGAGUUAAGGUGUCACUUCGUCCUUUUACAGAUGGAACAGCAGAACCCAAGUUGCCGAUGGUGUCAUCCUACCUUCGACUUCAUGUCUAUGGCCAUGUCAAGGAGUGGAAGAUCAUGCCAGUACACGAUCUCAGAGAGAUGAGCCACUCACAGAUUCACCAGGCCAUCGACAUUGAUGAUUGGCUGAUCACCAUCUAUGGUGUUGAGACAGCAGCUGUUCCAGCACCAUCAACUCCGGCUUCAAGACCAAGAACACGACCAGAAGAACCACCAAUGCCUCCGAAGCCUGAAUCUUUAUCGCUUCCAAGACUCAUGGACAGACCAGCAGAUGAAAAGGCAGAAGACGCCAUCGUGGAGACCAUUUAUGAAGAUGCUGAGCUUGCAACGCAGUCACAUCAAGAGAUUGCUCCGAUCAAGCCCAACUACAAUCUGCGCGUGGCAGUGAUUCAAUACCAGGGCAAGCCAUACCUAGUCUCUCUCAGACACAUCCGUGCAUUCAGAGGACUUUACCUGGUUGACAUCACCGACGAAGCCAAGACAGAAUCCUUGAGGAAGAUCAUGAAGUACACGGAAUCCAUCUCCAGCUACAAGCCGAUCCUGCAUGGAUGGGUCACUGACAAGAUGAACAGAUGGAUCAGACUUCCUAAGGACAAUGACACGGCCAUCAAGGUGAUGCAAUGGGCAGCAGAUGCUUACAGCAUGUUGGACAAGUCAGAAUGUCACGGUUGCAUCCUUGGCAAAGCACUCAGACAUCUUCAACCACCAAAAGGCACAGUUGGACAUCUCAUCACAUGGAUUCAUGGCGGAGUCAACUACGCCAUACAAGAACACAACAGUGACAACAACAUGAUCAUGAAGAAGAUCACCAACUACGCCAGAGAAGACAUCUGCAUUAUGUACCUCUUCCGAUAUGUGACCAAGAUUUCAGAAGACAUGGAACGCUCAUCACAAAAGAUGCCAACAACGUCAUUGGAACCUAUGCAGGUGACACCACCACAUCAUGAAGGACAAGAACCAGAAGACAUGGACGUUGAGCGUCAUGGUGAGAAGCGUGAAGGUCCAGACAGCAGAACAGUCACUAUAGCUCCGGAACGCAAGAAGCAGAAGACCAUGCUGGUGAAGAAAGAUCUCGAGUUCCUCAGACACUAUUUCAUCGCCACGAAUAAGGACAGAUUGGUGCAAUUGGGUUUCCCUGAGAACUGGAAGAAUGACUACAACCUCAUGAUGACCACGACACGGAAGUUCCUCAUCAAGCAGUACGAUGAACGAAGGAAGAUGCUUCCAGAACUCUUCCACAUUGAAUACAAGCAGAACCAUUUUGCAUAUGCCAAUCUCCUCACGGGCGAGAUCUACAAGGUUGAUCAAGAGACCAACAACAUUGAGGACGAAGACAUCACUCCAGCAAUUUGGAAGGAGCUCGAUGAAGCGGACAGAAAUGAAGUCAAGCAGUUUGUCGAUGAGAAGGCAUUCAAGAAGAUCCACAAGAGUCAGGUGACCAAUGACAUGGUGGAAAUCGACUGCAGAUGGGUACGGAAAUACAAGCGAUACCCAGACAAGACCUUGCGCAUCAAGAGUCGUCUUUGUGCUCGUGGCUGUCUAGACUCACAGAAGGCACAGUUGACCACACGGAGUACAACAGCGACAAGACUCAGUCAGCGCAUCCUUGUUUCUCAUGCAGCACGAUGUAAGAAGAGAACCUUGGAAUCUCUGGACAUUGCAGGAGCAUUUCUGAAAGGCUUCAACUUCGACGAGAUCAGAAGAACAUUGAUGAAGCGUGGCAUGAAUGCACCAGAGAGAACAGUCAUUGUCUAUCCACCGGCAAAUGUCUGGCGGCAUCUCAAGGAGCUGGACUCAAGCUUCACAGUUCCCUAUGACGACUACACUCAGUACGGAUUGCUUUGUUGCAAACCUAUUUAUGGACUCAAUGAUGCUCCAUUGGCUUGGCAGUUCUGUCUACACGACUUCAUCAUGGCACAGGGUGCAACAUCAUCACAUCUAGAUGAGAACUGUUGGACAUGGAAGGAGAACAAUGAGCCCAUUGCCAUGCUGACGACACACGUGGAUGAUUUGGCAAUCUCAGCAACACCAGAGUUCAUGAACGACAUCUACAACAAGUUCGUGACCAAGUUCAAGAAAGUCACCAGGCAGCAGCUACCUUUUGAUCACUGUGGCUGUGAGUACAGCAGAACAGGUGAUGGCUAUUUCAUUGGCCAGAAAGAGUUUGCGAAACGCAUGAAACCAGCAGCUGUUCCAGAUCGAGCAGAUGAUUCUCCUCUGAAUCCUCCAGAAGUUUCUGACCUCAGGUCAAUCCUUGGAGCUCUACUUUGGAUUACAGCAACACGGCUGGAUGUGAUUGCAGACGUUUCCUUGUUGCAAUCAAGGGUGACAAAAGCAGAAGUGCAAGACAUCAAGAAUGCCAACGAAGUGCUGAGGAAAGUGGUUGAACAUGCAGACAUGGGUUUGCACUACAGAUUCUUCAAGCACAAGGCCAAGAGACUGGCAGUGAUUCAUGACGCCUCUGCAGCGAGCAAGGGCAGAUCAUAUGCACAAGAAGGUGUGAUCAUUUGCUUGACAGAUGAUGCCUGGCAAGACACGAAGAUCAGCUAUGAGCACACCUGCACUACAGAAGAAGAUGAUGACAAGCAUGGCGGUGUCAUGCAUGUGCUCUACUCUCACGGAGCCAAGUCGAAACGCAUUUCGUACAGUACAUCGCACGGCGAAACGCUGGCCAUGGUGAAUGCACUAGAGGCUGCGACGCUUUGCAUGAUCCGACUUAGCGAGAUCACGCACUCCGAGAAGAAACCGAGCUUGCAGCAGCUGAUAGCAAUUCAGUCACAAGGGUUAGUCAAAAUGUAUGGGGUGAAAGACCAUCCAAUCAUUUCCAGAGUCCUUCCAACGGCAAGAGACUUCAGCGAGAACGACCUCCAGAAAGACGACAAGGAGAUCUAUGAGAAGUUUGGGGAGAAAGCUAAAGUCUCUUUCGCCACCUUCCUCCUCGGGUUGAUCACAAAGAACAAGCUCAUGAUGUUCAUGCUCGCAAUGUCUAGCGCGGCUCAAGCUCACGAAUUUGAUCGCGCUCCAGCAGAAGAGGACAGCGAGAUGUGGAGCAUCUACAUGCUGAUCCUUUACACCAUUGUGGUGGCCAUGGCAGUGCAGUUGGUGAUGCACUACAUCCUGAAGAAGAAGGAGUCAAAGCCAAAGAUGAUGGUGAAAGAAGAACCAUCGAGUGACGAUGCCAUGGAGGUGGACUUCGAAGCAAGCAGCAAGAAUCGCAAGAGAGCAAGGGAGUUGAUAAAAGAGCAAGACAUCGAGAAGCUGAAGGACAAGAUUGCAAGCUAUGAGGACUUGACCGAAAAGCUGCAGCGAAGCAAAGAACAGAACAAGACUUCAGCUGAUGAUUGGUAUCGACGAUACCAAGACGCCAAAGACGAUCUUGACGCGGCCAAGACGGAGAGAGAUGAUGCUCGAGAAGACCGAGACAAACAUCGGUCGAUGCUCUACGAGGAGUACAACAAGCAGGUGGACCUGCGCAACAAGAUCGAGACUUUAGAGAACCAAUUGCAGACAGAGAAGGACAGACUUGAUGGCAUGAAGAAGGCCUACGAUUUGGCUGAGAAGCGCAACAAGGAUCUCGAGAAGAGAUUGGUGGAGGCCGAGCGAGAAGCCAAGAUGACGAGAUCACUGGCACCAAUUCCAAGUCCAUCGACACCACAGUCAGCGGUGAUCCAAGUGGAGAAGGAGAAGUUUCCUGAGAGGGUGUACAUCACCGGCAAUGGUACAAAGUACCAUAGCGAAGGCUGUCAUCAUUUGAGCAGCCUAGCAAAGGCGUACACCAAGUGCAUGCAUUGCACAAGGUGAAAGCCACAGGCACCUAACAAAAGGUGACCGGAGUGAAGUUUUUCGAAUGAUCCGCAGGCGCCUUGGGUCGAGUAAAAGCGAGUGUAUGUAUGUUCAUGUUUUGGGGCAGGAAGCGCUAUUUGUGCAAUGUUCUCCUGUCGUGAGUUCAAGGAUCAGCUUGUGGGCCAGUUGAUGACCAAUUGGAUGAUGAGCUUUUGAGGUUCACAAACGACGCGCAUUUCUUUGGCUUCCCACUGAAGGAAUCGAUCGGUGUUCGCGUGGUGCCCAGCAUUGGACCUAAUGUGCCGCGCAAGGCAACACUCAUUACAGUGGACUUUGAGUGCCGUUCUCCUCUUGUGGCAGAAGGUGAUUUGCUGCUUCGAGUUGAAGCACCACUUGGUAUAGAGUUUGAUCGGGGUUGCCUUGCAGCUCCCGAUCCAGAAUACUUGGGUUGCGCUGGUUUGGGCCGUGUGGCAGUGGCGCAGCGAAGAGAGGUCAGCUUGCAGCCUGGACAACACUCGUUGUCUUUGCGUGCCAUCAAUCCUGUCCGGACUGUUGCAAAGAAUUGGUGGACCUUGGGGGCGUUCGUUGAUGUCUCCAUAGAGAGAGCUCGUGCCGGCGCAGUGGAAGAUUUGAGGCAGCAAGGCCGCGGGGAUGGCUACCAGCUAGACCAGCAGCUGCAGGCAAGAGUUCGACCAAGUAGCCAACAAUCAGGAGGCCCAAUCAGCCUUUUCCUGUGGCUCAGGCCCAAGUUCGAGGUUGAGGCUGGCGGUCAUGUGGAACUUCACGCGGCGCAGGGCUUUGAGAUGUCCUGCCAGCCAGCCUUGGUGCUGCUGGCCGUGCCUCCAGGACGCUGCAAAGCCUACCAUGUCACCUCUGGAGUGGAGUACACCGACGACCAUGAUGUCAUCGACUUUGAGAUUAGUCAGGGCUACUCUUUGUUGCCGGAGCACGAAUACGAGCUGUCAGUUUCGUCCAGGAAUCCUUUCGUUCCUGGCUCAAGCCGCUGGGGGGUCCUCCUUCGUGAUGAACUGCGGCAAGUGCUUGAAGCAAACAUGGAGAUCGACUCCUACACACUCACUGAUUUCGGUUUCGAGCUCUUGUCGCUUCAGCCCAGUAUUUCAGCACCCAAUGCCAGUAAUGAGGUACGACUCCAGCUUCGCUUUCAGCGUCAACUUGUGCUGACCUCUAUCAGUGAGAUCCGGAUUGAAGCACCCAGUGCUUGGAACUUCGAGCCGCUUUGCAAUCGUUUCCAGGACAUUACUGGUGGGUGCGAGACACGCUGUUCCUUUCAGCUUCCUUACGCUGAGGAACGCGGGCAUCACCUUUGCGAGGCCAAUUUGUUGAUCCUGGUGUUGGACACCUCUGCAGUGAUUGACUCGACAAGCUUUACUCUGCUUUUCAGUGUUGUGAACCCGGCAUCAGCUCCAUCGCAGAAUCUUUGGAGUGUAUCGUUGGUCAAUGCCUUUGCUGAGCCCGUGGUAAAGCACACAGAGCUGCUGAUUCCUGGCUUUUUCAUCGGUUUCCGCCAAAAAAUCUUGCCAGCCUUGCCCAAUGGUUGAGAAGGGCGAAAAGUCCAGAAUCAAACUUUGCUUCAUGCGUGAUGACAUCGGGCAAAUUUGCAGACCGAAAGCUCCAAGCUCCACGAGGAAAGGACAUCGCAAUGAGAUCGGGACGAUCCAGACGGAUCUGGUUUCGGAGUCGUCCUGGCAGCCUUGGCCGGCGGCUAGGAGUCGAGGAGUCGAACGAAAAGGACCUUGAAGGAACCAAGGAAUUCCAAGGAGCCUUGCAGAUCCAGUGGUUUCAGAGCACCAGAACAAGAAGGCGGAGGAGUCUCUGCAUAUUUGAUUUUGCACUCAAUGACUCACCGAUCUUGCAGUUUGCAGCCAGCCUGAUUUUUCGUCAGAAUGUGACGUCGGAAAGAGGUUGGUAAACUCGCAAACUGACCACUCUGAC